AGGGAGUUCAGUGCAGAAUCUGACCAUCCCAGCCAGACCCCAGUACAAUGGAACUAGAGUUCAGUGUGCUUCAGUGAUAUUUCGUGGCCCUGUGUGGAGAGUGACAAUGCCACAUUGACAAUUCAAGGUCCACUGCCAACAGUAGGUGAUUUUAGUGCUACCCACGAUACCAGCUCAGUAACCAUCUCGUGGAGUGCUCCAUUCUCUCUGGAUGUGACUGGUGUUGAUCCUGAUAUCUGGUACUCUGUCCUCAUCUACAAUGUGACAGAUGAGAACACCCCAACAGCCGUCCCCUCUGUCAACGUUACUUACACAAGUUAUACCUUCACUCCUGACUCUGCCACACCCUGUCAGAACUUUCUCUUCUCUGUCAUCCCAUUCAAUGGAGCUGGCCAGGGAGAGAGCAGUCCCAAUAUCACUGGAUAUGUUAUCAACUCUUCAGCACUUAUAACGACUCAGAUGCAAGCUAUCUCUAGGGAGAAGACCAAUGUUACCUUUAUGGCAAGGAGUAAUCCCACCAGUGAAAUUUGUAGUAGCUGGAGAGUCACUCCUGAUGUAAUGGAUGAUCUUGUCCUUGAAAAGCCACCAUCAACAGAAGGACCAGAUGUCACCUACCAACUCCGUGCUGACAAUAGAUAUUCAUUCCUAGUGUCCCUUCCUAAUACCACUGAUGAAGUAGCCCUCCCACGGAUGAAUUUCACUACAUAUGAUGUCCAGAGUGCUGCCGCUGACACUACCAAGGGUACCAAUAAUAAGAUAAAGUUGACUGGAGAGUUCAUUGAAAACACGACAGCUCAAGGAUGUUUCAUAGUUUUACAAUCUUCAGCACUUAUAAUGAUUCACAUCCGAGCUAUCUCUAGGGACGAGAGCAAUGUUACCUUCAUAACAUCGAUCAGUAGGUAAUCCCACCAGUGAAGUUUGUAGUAGCUGGAGAGUCACUCCUGAUGUAGAUGAUGAUCAUCUUGUCAUUGAAGAGCCACCAUCACCAGAAGGACCAGAUGUCACCUACCAACUCCGUGCUGACAAUAGAUAUUCAUUCCUGGUGUCCCUUCCUAUUAUCACUAGUGGAGAAACCCCCCCACGGAUCAAUUUCACUACAUAUGAUGUCCAGAGUGCUGCCGCUGACACCACCAAGGGUACCAAUAAUGAGAUAAAGUUGACUGGAGAGUUCAUUGAAAACACGACAGCUCAAGGAUGUUUCAUAGUUUUACAAUGUGAAUAUGGAAGCCCUGAUGUAUUCAGAGCCCUACUACUGCCUGAUGACUCCAGCACUUCUGUGGAGAGUAUUAUUGAAAACGUUAUAUCUUCAACGUACAAUAUGUUCGUCUAUGACCUUGAGGAUGACGGACUGCCUAGCACCCAUCCUGCAAUUGAACAGGACACUACUGUCAUUGUUGUGGGGAACGGUCCCUUCGCUGAUGCAGAAUCUCAAUUUCUAAACAACAGCAGUUUAUACUGGAAUGGGUCAGCAGUGAAUGUCAGGUGUGAGUUCAAAGAAGAUGGAAGCACAUCAUCAAUUGCUAUUGGACUGUCAGUUACUGUAUCAUGUAUCAUCAUCGUUAUUCUUGUCAUCUUGGCUGUAGUUACAGUGGUUUUGUGGAAGAAGUCGCACAAAGGUGGUUACAGCUCCUCUGAUAUAGUUCCCAGUUGCUUUUGUUCUCCUUCCCCGAGUGAAUGCAGUAAUGCUAGUGGAGGGAGCGGUGCUCAACUGAUAUCAGAUUAUGGUGGAACCAAACCGAAAAAGGAUGGACAUGCUGAAGGAGAAGCCAAACCUCCAUUUAGUGGGAAGUCCUCGUACCUAAGACAGGACAGUGGUGUAAGUGUGAGCACUCCUCCAGUGAUGUCCAAACAAAAGGGGGUAUACACCGAUGUGGACUCUCAACAUCAGGGAAAAUGGCACUUUCUCCCUAUGCUGAGUGGGACCCUUUCUACAAAAGGCCAACAAAACCCCAAGAUUGAGACCAAGACACAGGGCACCUAUGUUGAUGUUCUACCUAUUGCCGACUACUCCUGUGACUGGCAUGCAACAGAGACAAGAAGAAUGCAGACCAGGCAACACCCAAAGGAUGAGGGACCCAAAAACAGUUGUUCACCAUCCCUACUCUCUCUGGUGAUAAGAAAGUGGAUUACUGCUGUGGAGAUGUGGAGGAAGGUAUUGACUACAAAAGUCUUCUACAAGGCUAAGAGUUGCUACCAUCUUAACGGUAAUAUACCAUGCCAUGUCCUGCUAAUAGUGAAACUGCUGGGGAGUGAUGCCUGUGUGGUUGGACUCAACCUCAGUGCACACUCACUGAGCCCCGGUGAUACUUCACCGUCUGUUACUGAGGAUUUUAACAUCCAACAAAUAGAUGGCUUCAGGCAGAUGUCUGUUGCCAGAUCUGAACCGACAAGCAAGCCAACUGGUAAAAUGAUUUCACAAUACAUCAUAGUUGAUUGUGCAGCUGCUGUCCUACUCGCAGAGCCUCAGCUAGAUUCAUCUCACCCUGGAUGUGGUGGUAGCUAUGAGGUUGUGAAUGGGGUGGAACGGCCAAUGCUACCUUUUGAUGACCAGGAUAGUGAAAACAGGGGAGCGAAGAGCACAAUGCCAAAUGGAUCUUCAACUUUACCCUAUCUGAACAACUUCACUGUGCAAGGGGAGAAAGAGUAUGAUAAAGCCCUAGCAGAAAGCACUUUGACAACCAAGGGCAAGAGACAUCACACCUUUGACACUCCAAUGUUGGCCCAUGGUGCUGGUAGUAUAUGUUUUGCUGAGGAAAACAUUGGUGUUCUUCCGGUGAAUAAUGAAGGAGAAGAAGACUCUCAUCCCGACCCAACUGGAUCUUGGAGACAAGGAUCAGCAGACAACUCCUGCACUGUCCAGGGUGAUGCCAGGGAUAUGGUGCCAGAGGGUGAUGAAAUAGUCCCUUUGGAAUGUAGCGAUGAAGCGGAAGAGCAAGACACUGUCCGCGGAUUAUUUGGACGUGCAAGCAUCCUGCCUACCUUGCCACACAAAGAUGCAGGCAAAUGUGUGUGUCCUCCACUUGGCUUUGAAGCCAAAGAAGGAGAGCUUGUUGUUGGAGGUCUAAAUGAGAAUUCCAGCCUCCUCAACCCCAGUUCUGUUGAGCCAUCCCCAGUGGCGGUUCAGGCCCAGCCUGAGGAGUCCACUUCUCUCCAGUCUGAGAUCCAGCCACAAGAGAGUGGCCGUUCAUCUGAACCAGUCCCCAGAAACCAGGGGAGAGAGAAUGACGUGACCAAACCCAUGGAGUGCCAAGGUCUGUAGGAUUAGAUUUGACAGCUGCCCGGCAUUGUGUGUCAUGUUUCCUGGUCCUCCUCCCACAGACCAAAACCAAGGUUGGGGAGGGCGAAGAG